CAUAAAGAUUUAGCAAUCAACUCAAGAUUACUUCUAAAUUCUGACAGAGGGACCUUAGAACAACUUUUCCAUGACCUUAGUGUUGACCCAGCCUCCGUUGACGAGAUGUUGAGGACUGUUCAUGAGUGGUACCAGAAAGAGCCGCAUUUUCCAGCAGGACAGUUACAUGACCAGUUCAUUUCCAGACUACUAGUAAUGAGAAAAUUCAGUAUAGAGAAAGUAAAACAAAAGAUCGACAACUACUACACCGUGAGGCCGAAGUUGCCGGAAUUAUUGAGUAAAAGAGACCUAACGGAUCAUAAUUUGAUGAAGUAUAUAAGAGACGGUUUCUGGAUAACAUUACCGCGAACAACGGAAGAAAAACACAGGGUUACCAUAUUAAGAGUGCAAUACAGCGAAGGCGUCUCUGUUCUAGAUUUGGCCAAAGUGCUAACAAUGAUUGUAGACUAUAGAAUGUGGAACGACAGUGUAUUAGGGGAGCAAAUCAUUUUCGACUACACUAACGUCACUUUGCCAUUAGCGAUGCAGUUUACUCCAGUUUUCAUACAGAAAUCUGUUUAUUAUUUCACUGAAUGCCUGGGUCCUAAUAUAAAGGGUGUGCAUAUUAUAAAUCUACCCCCAUUUGCCGAAUUUAUUCUGUCAGCAGUCAAAAAAUUACUUAAACCAAAAGUGGUCCGAAGGAUACACGUUUACAAAAACUUACAGGAGGUUUUAGAAAAGUUUCCAAGAAACAUCAUUCCUAGAGAUUUGGGUGGUACUGACGAUGUUACUUGUCAGGAUAUAGCCGAUGCUUGGGAAAAGACAUUGUGUUCUGCCUCAUGGAGAAAUUACUUUAAACUACAAGACUCAAUUCAUACUGACGAAACCAAGAGAAUUAAAAAGAAGAAUUUCCAAGAAGACUUUGGUCUUGACGGCUCUUUUAAAAAACUAAACAUAGAUUAA